AUGUCGUCGAUCCCCGACAUGGACAAGGAGAUGGAAGACGACGUCGUCAGCAAGGUUGUCGACGAGCCGCGGGUGUCGACACGGUCGGUCAAGAUCAUCCCGUUUGCGCCCGACCGGCUGAGCUUUUCGAUCCCGCGGGGCGCGUCGACCUCAAAUAUGCUCAGCUACAACACGAGCUCGGACGACUUGAUUUCGAAUGGUGCCACCUUGGCCGACGGCGGCGCCAUUCGGCCCAACGUUGCCGCGCUUCGAGCCAUUGGCAAGCUCAAGCUCAAGCAGAAAGACCGCGCCGACAAGCGUCGGCAGCAAGUUGUCGAUACGGACCGACACCACGCGAUUCUCAAGCAGUAUACCAUUCGCGCCGUGACCAAGAAGACACCGAUCGCCGAGCAAAAGCUGCCGUGGCACAUUGUCAAUCCGAGUGCGACGUGGUACAAGACGUGGCAACUGAUGACGCUCGGCAUCAUUUGCUACCAGAGUUUCCAGACGCCCUACUCGCUGGCGUUCUCAGAUGCCAACAGCAACCCACUCCUCGACUACUUUAGCAUCACGACCAACACCAUUUUUGGCAUCGACACGCUCCUCAACUUCAACACGGCGAUCGCCGACCCCGUCGUGCCCGACAAGUACAUCACGAACCGCAAGAAGAUCAUCAAGAGUUACAUUUGUGGCUGGUUCGUCCUCGACCUCAUGGCGUGCUUCCCGAUCGAUAUUGUCAUGUACAUUGCGCUCAACCAGGCGUCGUCGUCCAGCCACCUCAGUAUUCUGAGUCUCCUCAAGUCGCUCCGGCUGCCGCGGCUCCUCCGUCUCGCGCGGCUGGUCCGCGUGCUCAAAAUUUUGCAAAUGCCUGUCGAGUGGAAGCGCUGGAUCCUCUAUUCGCGCUACUCGCAUUUGAUUCGGCUCGUCACGAUGAUCCUCGCCUUCAUCUUCGUCGUGCACAUCAUGGCGUGCGUCUGGAACGGGUCGGUCGCGACGAUUGGGUGGCAAAACACAGCCUUUCAGCAAGGCACGACCGUCGACUUGUAUGUGCUGAGCUACUUCUUCACGCUCGUGACACUCGUGGGGCAGAACAUGGCGCUCGAGACCCAAGGCGAGUACAUGUUCUCGAUCUACCUCCUCUUGAUGGGCUCGAUGCUCAUGGCCAUCGUGUUUGGCAACGUGGCCAAUUUGCUUUCGAAUUUUUACGAAAACCAAAACAGCUACAAGAAGAAAAUGGAGUGGCUCUUCGAGUCCAUGGGCUCGAUGCAGCUGCCGCUCGACCUCCAGAACCGCAUCAACGAGUACUACCAAGUCAUGUGGGAACGCCACGGCACGCUCGACGGCCAAGUGUCGGUGCUCACACAAGAACUCUCGCGCAACCUCGCAAUCGAAGUCGAGCUCUAUCUCCGCAUGGAAAUGAUCAGCCGCGUACCGAUCUUCCACAACUGCAGCAAGAAAGUCGUCCAAGAGAUCGUCAUGCGCCUCGAGAUGGACGUCUACUUGCCCGGCGACUAUGUUGUCGUUCAUGGCGAGAUCGCGUGGGAAAUGUACUUUGUACAAUCAGGCAUUUGCGAAGUUACCAAAGGCCGCGUCACGGCCGGCGAGUCGUCGGCAUCCUUAACCGACGAAGAAGUCGUCUUGCGGCAGUUGACCCAAGGCGAUUUUUUUGGCGAGAUUGCCCUUUUGAUGCAAUGCAAACGAACGGCCAACGUGCGUGCGCAGAUUUUCUCUGAGCUCUGCGUUCUGACGCGAGACGUGUUUGAGUUGAUAUCGGCCAAGUUUCUCGAAGACCGCAUGCGCAUCGAAGAGGUCAUUGUGAAGCGAUACCACCCCGAUGUGCUCAAGCAAAUCGAGGUCGAGCGACACGAAGCCAAGGGCAUCCACGUUGCGUUGCAUCCCGAGGCGCCGUCCGUCCCCAAUGACAACGAUGCGUCGACCAAGAUCCUUGCCGUGCUCGGCGAGCUCUCGAACCGCCUCGGCAAUCUCGAGCGCAAGGUGCAAAACAUUGAAGACGCGCAGCGACACUGCUUCAACAAGAUCUUCACCGCACUCCAAGUGCGCAAGAAGAAGCCGCCGCUGGACCACCCACCACCCACGAGCAGUGUUCCCCCCGGCUUUGACCCCGUCAUACAAUAG